UCAGCUGUUUCUUUAUUUACAUCGCAGCGGCAAGCACGUUUGAAAUAGUUCUUUAAUUACAUAAAAAUCACAGAAAAUUGCAAGAGAAACUAUGGCUCUGCGGUUACUUGGCCGUACAAUGGCCUCCCACAUGCGUGGCUUGCAAAUUAACGCGCGCAGGAGGGGAUUAAAUGGUUAUAACAUCGCUCAGCCGGAAGUGCCUUCUGCAUCCUGGUCGUGGGCACAAAGUCGCCUGCUGCACGUGAGGAUUACGGAUCAGGAAGCCGGUUUACAGACCAAACGAGAGGCCAACCGGAAUCAGAACCCUUUCCGUGAAGAAUUUCUUGAGGAACCAGUCACAGAAGCACCCAAGGAGCGCCAGAAAUUCAGACCACAGAAGAAGCUCAAGGAGAAAUCCCCCAAAAAGGUGCAGGACUUUGGGGAUCCGGAUACAUUUGGCGAUGCCAAGAUAAAUGAAACCGAAGACCCUGGAGAUGUCGAAGAAGAAGAAUUCAUCAGCAACCCCACGCGGCGUUCCAAGAAACUGCAGGCCGUUGAAUAUGCCCGCCAGAUUAAAGAUCACCUGAAGGCGAACCGCCUGAACGAGGCCAUUGCCGUGCUGGAGCAAAGAAUGCUGCGAGAGGAUCGCGCCAAGCCGGACAAGUACAUCUACAACCUGCUUAUCAGUGGAUGCGCCAAGGUGGGCUAUACUCGCAAGGCUUUCUCCCUGUACACCAAGAUGCGUCAGCGUGGUCUACAGGUGACCGGCGGAACCUACACCUCGCUCUUCAACGCCUGUGCGAAUGCUCCUUCUCUGAGUGAUGGCCUGGCCAAGGCUCAAAUUGUGCGGGAGAAUAUGCUGGAGAAGGGCUACGAACCGAAUGUGAAGAACUACAAUGCCAUGAUCAAGGCCUAUGGAAGAUGCGGAGAUGUGGACACUGCCUACAUGCUGGCCGACGAAAUGAAGGAGCGCCAGCUGGAACUGAAUGCCGAUACAUAUAACUUUCUGCUGCAGGCAUGUGCCAGCAACUCGGAGCACGGUUUCCGGCAUGCUCUGCUCACCUGGCACAAGAUGUUGCAAAGCGGUAUCAGUCCGGACUACUAUAGCUUUAAUGCGAUGCUGAGGUGUGCAAGGGAUUGUGGAUUUGGUGACUUGGAUUCGAUGCGGGAGGUUCUCGCCCAGAUUGCUCCGGCAGCAGCUAGCAGAAAGCCCAUUCUUCAGUUGGAGGAGGGACAAAAAGAUGACUUACGUAGUAUUUCUCAAAACAAUAAUUCUUUGCCUGCUCAAAUCGAGGUGUCCACAACCGCAAGCGAACUGGAACUGCCCAAUCUCCUGUUGCCCCGACCCCAUUUGGGCAGUUUGGUGGCCUUGGAGGAGGUUACCCGACCACAUGAGCGGUUCUUGCUCCUCGGCGGCCUCACCGGUUUCUUGGAGCACAUGAAGCAGCACAAUAUCACACCGAAUAUCGAAACCUUUACCACAAUGUUGGAGGUAAUUCCACCUACAAACUCUGCGGAGAAACAGCUGCUGACUUUUGUGCGCAAAAUAGGACUCAAGGCGGACAUAGACUUCUUCAACAUACUGAUCAAAAAGCGUUCCAUGCGCUUUGAUUAUGAGAGUGCUCGCGAAGUGCUCACCAUGAUUCGCACGGCCGGAUUGCGUCCAGAUAUUGUCACCUAUGGGGUUCUCGCUUUGGGAUGUCGCACACAAGAGGAGGCCAGAGAACUUCUGCAACAGAUGAAGGAGGCGGGCAUUAAGAUGAACAUGCCCAUCCUGGGCGCCAUGCUAAGACAGGGUUGCGCCAACAAAUCCUUUGGCUACAUCAACGAGAUCAUUCAGCUGAGUCUGGAGGAGGGCAUUAAGCCCAAUGAAUCCUUCCUCCGCCAUCUGCACAACUUUCACAGGGGCUGCGCCAGAGCAAUUGAUGCCAGGCAUCCCUCGACCAAGACUGCCGCCUUCAAAAAGGGACACUCAAAAUUCUGUGAUAAAUACCGCCUGUACUACGAGGAACUGGGCUUGGCUGGUCUCAAGCUGGAAGAUGCCAUUGCAAAGAUUAAAGAGCGUCCAUAUGAGAAGUUCAAAUUGCCGCCCGUUGAAGGAAUGGAACCUCUCAAGCACGAACAACUCAAACACAAAACCAAACAGCGGAAGUACAUCAAGAAGAUAAAGAUAGAUCAGCUGCAAGAUGACCCUCCCAGAGAGCCUUUAAAGAGGAUAGAAUAAGUUCAACAGUAUAACUUCGAUUAAACUUUAUUAUUUGUUAA